AUGGAGGAACCAUCUCAAAGACAGAAGCAGGUGGUGAAGGCUUUCACAACUCUUUUGCCAUAUCCUCAAAGGUUCAACAAGGAGAUCAAAGAUCAACACUUCCCCAAAUUUCUUGAAGUCUUCAAGAAGUUGGAGAUUAAUAUCCCACUGGCUGAAGCAUUAGAGCAGAUGCCUCUAUAUGCAAAGUUCUUAAAAGAGCUCAUUAACAAAAAGAGAAGCUGGCAUGAUAAGGAAACAGUCAUGCUCACUGAAGAAUGUAGUGCAGUAAUUCAAAGGGGUAUUCCACCAAAGCUUAAAGAUCUAAGAAGUUUUGUAGUAUCAUGCACCAUAGGCAAAAUGACAUUAGAGAAAGCUCUCUGUGAUCUAGGUACUAUUAUCAACUUGAUGCCCCUCUCAAUGAUGAGAAACCUUGCCAUAGAAGAAAUUAAACUUACCAGGAUGUCAUUGGUGAUGGCCGAUAGAUCAAUCAAGACACCUAAUGGAGUUGUGGAAAAUCUAUUAGUGAAGGUUGGAGAGUUUAUCUUCCCUACAAACUUUGUGAUCCUGGACACAGAAGAGAAAGAAAAUAACUCAAUUAUCCUGGGAAGACCAUUUCUAGCUACAGCAAGAGCUAUUAUAGAUGUAGAAAAGGGAGAAAUGAUAUUCAGGGUGCACAAUGAGCAAAUGGUCAUCAAUGUUUUCAAAUCAAUGCACCAUCCCCCUGAGCAAGAGAACUACAUGAGAGUAGAUAUGAUAGAAAGUUUGGUAGAAGAAAUGUUAGAAGCCAAUUGUCAUGAGCAAUAG